CUUCGGACUUGCAUCCUGGUAUCUUCCUUCAGCAGUUCAGCUUUUCUAAACUCGCACCAUAUAUAUGACUGAGUCGUUGGCGGCAACUUUACAUUGAGGAAGUGCAUUAUAUUUCAUUAGGCUUGGACGGCAUAGAAGCAACUGGUUCCCACAAUGAAGCACAACAAACAUUCUGUAACCGGUUCAUGGAACAAGGUAGAGAUUAUCACUGGUUUGAGGGACAUACUAUGUGGUAGAAGAUAUUAUAGAGGAGGGGAGGUUGAUCAACAUUCUGAAACAAACAGUGUGCAUUCACAACCACAAAACAAACACAGAAAAAUCCAAAAACUGUUGUGUAUAAACUCAGAUUGUGCCAAUAACAUAGAUAAUUGCUUGAGAAAUGAUGAGAUAACCACCAUCGCUAUUACUGGAAUGGGUGGAAUUGGGAAGACCACGCUUGGAAAGAAAAUUCACAGUCGGUUGCUGAACCAUGAUGUAUCUUGUGCUAAUAAUCAUGUCAUUGCUUGGGUUUCUGUGGGUAUGGAAUUCACUACAUACCUAUUACAAAAAAAAAUAGCUGAGGCCUUUGGGCUUGAUCUUGAAUUUGAUAAGGAUGAGACCAGAAGAGCAGGCAUGCUAUAUGCAUUUCUGUCUCGUGCUGACAAGUGCAUACUUUUCCUUGAUGAUUUGUGGGAAGAUUUCCGUCGAGAAGAUGUUGGCAUUCCCAAACAAUGCAAAUUGAUUUUGAUUUCUCGGUCACUGGAUGUUUGUCGUAUCCUUCGUUGCCAGAAAGUCAUUAAGGUUGAGCCACUCUCAAAGGACGAGAGUUGGCAGCUGUUUCACCAUAGCAUAGAGUACAGCAUUUGGGAUUCCGAUGAAGUAUCUUCUGUUAGGAAUCUUGUGUAUGAUAAGUGUGAAGGUCUGCCUCUUGCUAUCACUGUGUUGGCUAACAGCAUAAGAGGAGUGGUUAAUACUCCUAAUUGGAGGGAAGUCCUUGAGAGUGAGGAUCUCUUUUCUACGGGACCAACAGACGUGAUCAGUAGAUUGAAGUUGUCGUAUGAUAAGUUAAACAACAUACUGCAGCGUUGUUUCUUGUGUGUUGCAUUAUACCCCAAGGAUUAUGCCAUCAAUAAAGAAGAUUUGAUACAUCUUUGGAUGGGAGAAAGGCUCAUAGACGAUGUGGAAUCGGUGCAGGCACAGUACGACAUGGGCCAUUCCAUAUUGAACAAGCUUAUCAACUCUUGUUUACUGGAACCUUGUCAAGAUAAACAGCACGUAAAAUUACAUGAUGUUGUUAGGCGUAUGGCUCUUUCUAUUUCAGGAGAGAAGUUUGUGGUGAAUGGAUGUAUGCCUUCAGGUAUGGAGUUCUGCAAGAAUCUUCGUGCGAUUUCCACGAUGAAAUCUUUUGACUCGUUAAUUCAAUCAAGUACGCUCUUCAAGUUUACGAAUCUGUCAAUCUUACUUUUGCAAGACAACCCUCUUGAGGUAAUUCCAGAAUCAUUCUUUGACCACAUGCGAAGCCUUCGUGUUUUGAAUUUAUCUCGUACUUGCAUUAGGAAACUUCCGAAUUCCAUCAAUAAUUUGGAAGAGCUUCAAGUUCUAGAUCUUAAUAGUUGUAAAAAACUAAAACAAGUGCCUCUAAUGGCAAAGCUUUGUAAAUUAAGGUAUUUGAACCUCUCUCAAACAGAAAUUGAACAGGUUCCUUACUCGCUUGAGAGGUUAAAGAACCUGAAGGAACUCAACCUAUCUGCUAUUAACGAACAAACGAGUUUACCCAGGGGGGUCUUGCCUGCCCUACCCAGAUUGAAGGUACUAUCAUGUCAUGUUUUAGGCAUCAUCAACGAGCUACAAAAAUUGGCAUCCCUUGAAAGUCUUGAUGCCAAAUUCGAUAAUCUUUUCGACUUAAGUUGUUACGUGAGGUCUCUACACUGGCGCACAUUGAACUGUUAUUAUCUACAAAUUGGUCAGCGGAUAAAGCCAAAGAGACCUCCUACCAGAGGGAUAUCCUUACAAGGAUUUACCUUACAUGGUCGAGAAGGAGAACAUGUUGUGCUACCAUUUGACAUUCAGGAGUUAUAUCUCGCUGAUUGCAGUGGUUUUCGUAGCCUAUCUGAUAUACUAAAUCCCGACAAUGCUUGUGGUUUCAAACAAAGAGCUGAUGCUUUUUCAAGUUUAGAAGUAUGCAGCAUCAGUAGGUGCCAUGAUAUUGAAAAUCUACUUUCACCUGGUUGGAUGCCGAACCUUCAGUGGCUUAAAUCACUAGAAGUCGUAGAAUGCUCUGAACUGAAAGAGCUGAUUGUACCGGAAAUUGAAGAACAUUUUCAAGAAAAAACGCUAGCUCCCAUUGAAUUCCCUCGGCUUAAUCAGCUAGUUCUGACUUCAUUACCACAACUGUAUAGCAUUUAUCAAGGUCUGCUAGUUUGUGCUUCGAUUCGUACACUCAAAAUAAUGGAAUGUCUGAAUUUGAAGCACCUUCCAAUCUCCAACAUGAAACUUGGAGAAACAUUAGUUUCUUCUAGUCUUGAAUGGAUCGAAGGACGAACAUUUGUCGAAAUGGGAUGAUGGGAUAACAUGGAAUCUAAAAUUUAUCUGGGUUUAGAACUCGUUAUAUAAGCAUAUCAGGUGAAUGCUGGUGAUAUCGAGCUUCCCCUUAUUCAGAUUUUCAGAACUUGUCCAGAGAUUCAGAAUGCUAGGAAAACUGAAAGCUUGUCCAAGUUCAGAAUGCCGCGAUGCUGAUCCUUGCUGGAUUAGUAAGUAUUUUCUUUCUCUGGUUAGCCUCACCGCUUUCUCGGUUUCUUUUUUCAAGUGUUAUGUUGAAUCGGAACUUUAUAAUGAGGAAGCUUAUAACUGACAUGUAGAUACAAAUCAAUCAAUGUCUACACUGACAUACAUUAUUUUCCCUAUUUAUUUCUAUUUGGUUGCUAGAAUAUUCAUUUUAUGUGCUAUAGUUUAUGAUGAGUAAGCUUUUCUGCAGUCACAAAUGAAGUGGAAAAUGUUCUUAGCAACUCUUGUACUUAAGUUCUUAAUCCUGUAUUAGACUUAAUUUCCCUUAAUUUCAUUCCUUUUUCCCGUCUAUUUUACAUUAUUUAUCAAAAAUCUCCAUAAUAACAAUGUUAGUCUUAAUUCCUAAAGAUUGAAGUAUUUAUCAAAAAUCCCCAUUUCUCUUUUUGUUGAAAUCUAUUUCGAAAGCUUCAUAUGGAGUUUUUAAAGUAGUUUUUGAUACUUUCUUCCCUUUUUUUCCUUUACCUUAUUUUCUUAUAAAUGUUUUCCAUUGGUUAAGGUUAGUUUUCCCCUCUUUAUUUUUCAUUCUCUUUUUAGGAUUUAAAAAUAAUUAGCUAAUUUUUCUAUAACUAAUCCUUUUAUUUCUCACAUUUAAAAUUCUAGUUCCACUCUUCAUAGUUUGUUCACUUAGAGGUCAUUUGAUUUACAAAUUAUUUCUUAUGGUUAGGUGUUGUAUGUGUGACAACUCAGCCUCGGCACAAACAGUACAACACAACGUAGCUUAGCAUCAGCGGAGCCAGCCCACCCAUUGAGCCGUACAUGCAUCAAAUGAAGCAAGCAUCGCUCGCCUCCAAUUUGCCCAGGCCCCAGCAAAAGAACACAACAACUACAGCACAAAGAAGCAGAAUCUACGGAGUUCAGCUGACCAUCGGCUGACCCAGAUAACUAGCUCCCUCUACGCACCAAAUGAAGCAAGCAUCACCCUCGCCUCCACCUGAACAAUGUGGCAAUUCCAAGGCCCCAGUAAAGCUAUUACACAAAGAAGCAGCGUCUGUCGAGUCAGGCAGUCAGCCUACCGAUCAGCUAGCUUGGUUAACUAGCUCCCUUUUCCAACCAAAGUACACACGUGACACGCCUCAUCAACCGAAGCAACACACAGCCUAAUAGAAACUCUUGCACCAUUGUCUCAACGACUCUAUCAUGUAGCAGUGUAAAAAAGAAAUACUAGUGUGGUUCAUCCAAGUACUACUAUAGCCCUAUGAACGAAGAAACCACUCGGACUUAUUUUCAAGUUUUAUAGUUUAGUUUAGCUCGAAAUAAGUUCAGUUUAGUUCAAUUUUUUUUUAAUAUUGUUGUUUGUUUAUCGUUUUCACAUUUCAAUAAGUUGCAAUAAGUUUGGUGCAUUUUAGUUGGUUUUAUCAACUUCAAUUUAAUCAAUUCAAUUAAAUUUUAA